AUGCCAGCCAAAGAAACACGCGAAAUAACGUAUGGGAGUUACAGACACCUCGUCGUGAAAUUCUCCCAACGGAACUUCCGCUAUGACAGCGACAGGGCUGAUGACUUCUCCGGCAUUACAAACAGUCUUACCGAGCUGCGAGGAGAGGAGUUCAUCUUCGGCAUGCCAAGAUUAAUAUUUGAAAUGUCUCUCUCGUGGGUCGGCUACUCAGACAGACGGUCUACACGGUGCUCAAUUCCGGGCAGCAAUACGCCUGUUGAACUUCCAAACUGGUCAUGGGCUAGAUCUGCUCUGUUCAAAGUCUCAUCAGAAAGGAAACCCCGAAGUCACUACGUACUCGCUGACCAACCCGAAAGCCCCGAAAAGUUUGCGAAGCGCAUGAUCCCUCUUAUGCACGAAAUGGAGACGGUGGAUCCACUGUGAAGAGCCCGUGGCGAACAGAGGAAAAGGUGAACGUAAGCUAAGAGGACAUUGACUGUCAUUUCCCAAAUCUUGCGCUGUCUCCAUAUAGGGCGCUGGAUUACGUCUUGUCCUUUUGGGUUUUAUCUUCCACUCGAUUCCAGACAGGGCUAGCUCGGCGUAAAAGGCCACCACGGCUUGGCCUUCCUCAAUCAUCUUUUAUGAGCGUAUGCCGGAGUCCCAUUCCAAGUGAGCGGCAAAUGGUGGCACAGUCAAGCCGUCCUCUUCAACAAUUUCGCGUACAUGGUCGUGGGCAGAAAAAACAAGAGCUUGUCGGUCAUGCAUAUUGGGG